AUGGAUGCUGUGGCUGCGUUCCUUGCAGCAGACCUAAAGGAAAGGAUCUUCAUGAAAGUGCCAACUGAGCUCCAGCAAUAUUUCGGGAAAUACGUUCAGAUCCUGAAGAAAUAUCUCAAGGAGAUUGGUUUCUCACCGAUGACAGUGGACCCGACAAUAUUCAGACAUACAGAGUCGGAGGUAAUCAUCGGCGUGCACGUGGAUGACUUUAUGAUUACAGGGGGGAACGAGGAUGCCAUUGAACGGGUCAAGGAAAAGCUGAAGGGAAGAUUUGAGAUGAAAGACCUCGGAGAAGCAGAGAACAUUCUCGGAAUUCGGAUUCAAAGGCACAAAGGAAAGCUGAUGAUUGAUCAAUCACAAUUUGCGAAGGAAAUCGUGGCAGAAUUUCUACGACGACUCAAUGAAGCACGCAACCCCAUGGAACCUGGAGCUAUACGGAAGCUCGCUGAGGAACGGGACGGCCUCUGA